AUGACUUCAAAAAGUACUAUGAUAAAAAGACAAAAGAAAAAAAGCAACAAUUAUUGUUCCGUAUUUGGAUGCUUCUCUUACUAUUCAACUAACGAGGAUAUUAGUUUUCAUCUUAUACCGAAAAGCAACGACCCAAAAGUGUUGCUAAAAAACAAAUGGGGACAAGAAGAACUAGUUGACCGCCGUAGAAUGUGGGCUAUUUUAUUACUGUUUUCGAAAGAAGCAUUAUUGAAAAAACAUAUUGUAGUUUGUUCAAAACAUUUUACCUCAGAGGAUUUUCUUACCUUCAGGUUAGUAACAUGUAGUUACUAUUUAUUUUUAUGGUGUUAA